CGUUACUGCACAUGCGCAUUACUUAUUUACUUGACAAAUGCAAAAAAAGUAAGGUUACAUUUUUGGAAAAAGUAAUAAAUGCAGAAAAAUGUUAAUUUCUUUACGAAAUGACCACAAAGAACACUUGAGCCUUUUAACGAACCAAUCAGUGCAAGUGCUGAUUGAUUUUUGCAAACUAGCAAUAGAUUUCCUCCAAAACGGCCCCAACUUGAAAUUUUACGCAGCUGCAGCUGAAAAAUUAUCAGUAGAAGUGGAUGCAGUACAAAAUUGUGUGUACGGUUUGGUCAAUUUGCUUCUACUGAGUUGUAAACAUAAGUUAAGUGAAGCCGAUUUUAGAGAUUCAAUUUUGACUCUAGGGUUCUCUCCUGAACAAGAAAACAUCCUCCACAAAUUUUACGAAUCAAAAAAGGCGGAAAUAACGCAAAUUUUAAAUAAACUCACCGUCAAUGAACCCCAUUAUGAUAAUUUAGAGUGGAGGUUUGAAGUUCAGGUGUCUAGUAGAAGUCUACAUCAUCAAGUUGUGCCCUUGAUAACUCUAGAUUUAGCUUUAAAAACAUUAAAAGAUGAUGGUAGUGGAUACCACAAAGAGCAUCAUUUGCUACAAACUGACGUCACUAAUUUGCAACACAUUGCACACGAGUUAGAAAAGGCACUCAAUGAAUCAAGAAGUAGACACUCAAGGAAAAUACAACGAACUUUAGAUAACAAAGUUUAAUUCUUUUGUAAGUGAAAUAACACAACCUUUCACCAAAUAUUUUUUAAAUAAAAAGUCUUAUAAAAAGUUGAUAAAUAAUCAAAAGAUCAUCUCAUU